UUGCAUUUACCGCCAUGUGCGGUAAAUGCCAGUUAUCGAAGAAGAAUAGCCUAAGCGCGAUAACUCCCCUGUCCUCAACCAAAUUUCCAAAAUAGCCCCAAGUCUUAAAUGCGCUUGCGCACACAUCCUCUCCGCUCGACGAUUUUGAUCAGACAGCAUCAACAGAAAAAUCACCUCCAAGUUGCAACCCAUUACGUGGAUUACUAUAUUGUACAGGUAUCGUUCCACCGGUCAUUGGUAUGUAUUAAACAUCUAGUGAAGCAUUGGAAGCGAAUUGGGCGUUUCCCUUGCCUCAGCACUUAAGAUGUCAGCAGAUUUUGCUGGAUCAAUAUUCAUCAUCACCAUCCGUUAAUGGCGGCAUGCCAAACGUUAAACAAAAGGGCUCUAACUCUACAUAUAAUUUGAUCAUUCAUAAUUAGUAAACGAUGUUAAUAAUUUACAAUCUCAGAUUCAAACAAAAAAUAAAUAAAUAAAUAAAAGGAAAAAAUUAUAAAUAUAUAAGCAAUUAAUAAUAACAAAUUAUGUAUAUGUUAAACACAAGUUACACAGUUGUUUGUUUUAUAGAAACAUGCUCCGCGCAAAAAGGACUACAAAGUCUCCAUAUGCCAGGCCCGGCCGAGCUCAAGCUGCCACACAAAAGGCCAAAGCAUCCAGGCCUACAAGCACCGUGACUCAACCGAACCAGGUCACCCCUGCUACAAGCACUGUGACUCAACCGAACCAGGUCACUCCUGAUGCCAUACCUCCAGCCUUAUCAAACCAGCCUACAACUUCCUCAGGAAUAGACAUCCCUGACCCCUCAGAGUUUGAGGCAUCGCCAACAAUGCUUUCUCCAGUGGCAAAAGUUCAGGAAGCUGGCCCCCCAUGCAGACUAUUAUCCCUGCCAAGUUCCUCUGGAAUUCUGGAACCAUUUGAGCAGGAAGUAGAACAACUACUCUCAGCAUCAGUCUCUCAUAACACUCAAGAAAUAUACCAGAAAGGUCUUGACUCAUUUGCACAAUUUAGAAAAAAAUUUAACUUAACAGAAGUAUGGCCCCCUCCCAUAGACCAAUUAAUUAACUAUAUUGCUUACCUAUCCUCAAAGGGGACAACAUACUCUACAGCCAAAACCUACCUAGCUGGCUUAAGCUUCAACAUAAAACUUGGUAAUUUCCCAGACCCAUGCCAAUUUUUCAUAGUCAAGAAAAUGCUAAAUGGCUUUAAACAACUAAAACAUAGAAAAGAUUCAAGAAGCCCGAUAACAUUUCCCCUAUUAGUCAAGUUAAUAGACUCGCUGCAACAUGUGUGUCGCAAUUAUUAUGAAAAAUUACUGUUCUCCUCAGCAUAUGGGCUCGCAUUCUUUGCUUUACUUCGAGUUGGUGAAAUAACCACCACUAGGGCAAAUACCCACAGUUCCCCAUUAUCAAUAGAAAAUAUAUCAAUAUCCCAAUCAUCCAUUCAGAUCGCGUUAACUAUGAUUUACAGAUGUGAAAUAUAG